AUGGCACCCUCCUUCAACGCACAGGAGUACUGCUCGUCGGAUGUAGAGCCCGACGAGCCAGCGCCGCCUACACGACUAAGCAAGGCCGGCGGACAACGCUCGAUCGAGAACAUGGUGGCGAAUGCAGAAGCGUACCGCAACGCCUCCAAGACUAAGAUCAGACGCCUCGAAUUCGGCUCAGGGUCGCCUUUAGUGCAGGAGAGACAAUCACUAUGGAUCAACCGCUUCAACCGCCACCGGACCGACGUCCUCGGCCAGUCCGACGACGUUCCCUUUACAUGUCACGAGGUGAUACGCUUUCUCGACACCAUCCUUCAGGCGAUAGUGCGGCAGCGUGACAAGCCUGCUCUUAGCCAUCAGACCAUCUGGCAGGGCAUUGCCGUCAUCAUCGCCUACGGAACUUGGAAGUGGCGCAACUUCGACUUCGGCCCGUACGACGCCGCGCGAGUGAAGCAGUCGAUCCAGCAAAGCAUCGACAGCGGCAUUUUGAUGAAGGGGGCAUUCCGCGAACGAGCGUCCCUCGGCUUCGCAACGCUCUCCCGCCUGGUCCGCAACUACCUACAGCAUGUCAUGGACCGCGGGACUGGCAACUACGACCAUGUCAUCAACCGCACCCUCGCAGUCGUGCUUCAGUCGGCACUGGCCUGCCGGAGCGGCGACAUCGCCGUAAGCAAAGGCUACAGCGACCGGUACUGUCUCCGCUUCGAACAUGUCGAGCUGUUCCUUCUUCCGCCCCCAGACGACGAAGAUCCCACGACCGCCAGCAGCCUUCAGCAUCUCCGCGCCAUCUUCACGCUCGCAUACACCAAGUGUCACAAGAACGAGCAUGGGAGAGCAAGGAAGAUGCACCUCCAGCCCCUCCUCGCGGCGGGCUGCCACCAUCUCUGUCCCGUCCUUCUCCUCCUCAUCGACGGCCUUCGUCGUGGCCUGUUCGAGGGGGGGAACACGAUGCAGGCGGUGCUCGACCACGCUGCUGCAACAACACGACGUCAGAUCGUGUGGAAGGAUCCGCAGCUUCCCGUCUUGCUAGGCACCACCCCCGACGGCAAGCCGGCAGGCGAGGCUCUCGCCCGCCUCACGCUCAAGGAGAUGGGCCUGGUUUCCGGUGUGCUCUCCCGCGUCACUACGCAUGCCUUGCGACGGGGCACCAUCAGAGACAUGACGGCGAUGCAGCGAGCGGAUCGCAAGAACUACGGCCCCGAGGACAUGCGCCGUCAACUCGGCCACAACCUCAGAGCGAUGGCGAACGGGGUGACGGACGGCUACAUCCCCGACACAGAGGCCGACCUUCACUCUCAGCGCGCCGACGUCCAACCGACCUUCCAACGGGACUUGCUCUUCGCAGCUCCCGGGGGCGUGGAUGUCUAUGCUACUGUCAAAGCAAAGGUCCCCGAAGCCGAGCGGAGCCAAUACGUCGACGCCGACACAACGGUGAGCCGGCUCACGGCGACCCGGCUGGUACGAGCGGACCGCCUGGUUGCACUCGCUUCCAGCGCACCGACAGAGCCACGACAACGCCCCAGCAAGCGCAAGGCUGAAGCAAUGCAGAUGCCAUCGCCUCUACCGCCGCCUUCGCAACCAGCUCGCAACACUCGGACGCCCCUGCGCCAGCUCGCCCCCAACUCAUCAUACCGGGCGGACAGCAAUGGCAACGAUGCACCAGCCGAGACCCCGACCGCCUCUUGGGAACAUACCGGCGACGGAAGUCCUACCAAGUUCCCGCGCCACCUUCUCGACCCCGCCCUGCGCGGCGACGGAGGUCAUGCCCAGCCACCACGCCACGUUCCCGACCCUGCCUUACGCGGCGACGACGACGACGUCGCCGGCAACGACGAGCAGGAUGAGGAGGACGACCCGGUCUUAGAGGUCGAUCUCGAUCGCCUAGAGAAGGAAGUGUUCGCACGCCAGGACGACGGCGAGGCGACUGCUCUAGAAACGACGGUGGUCGCUUCCGACUCCCUCCCGCCACUCCAUAUACUGCCAACCGACAUCGAGGGCCCUGAGCACGACCAGGUGGCCGAGCUUUUGGCGACAGAGGCACAGGACGGCACGACUCUUCAACAGCGCGCAGACGACUCUGCAAUGGCAUUCAUCGACGCCCACUCCCGCUACAACACAGUCCAGAACGAAGCUUUCGCGAGGGCGUGGGGCCGUGGCGACGCCGCCGCCAUGGCAGCGCUUAGUGUGCGAGGGAACUCUAGAGACGAGCCAACGCCUUUCUUACACAAGUGUUCAGUCUCGACGGCGUGCCCCUACGCGAAUAUCAGGCACGACCGGGUGCGGGAGCACGAGGCGAGCUGCAACGUCGACCGCGCAACAUUGGUCGGCAACCUUGCUACAUUAUGGGAGCAGCGGUUGGCCUCCAUGUCUGCCGACGAGCUGAAGGCACGGACGUGCACCAUCGGAGAUUGUACCUACGUCGACAAGGAGGAAGGUGGCUGGACGCCGCCGGUCGAAGGAGAGCCAGGCAAGACGCCCAAGGUCGACGGCAGCAAGCGCCCGGCCGGUCAAGAGAAGACCGCGAGACUGGUACAGCACCAACGAGUCAACCACGGCUUCGAACCAACCACCUGCGGCCUAUGUGACUCGCCUGAGAUCUUCAAAAGCAACUCAUCACUACAGCUGCACCGUCGGCGAUGCCAAUCCCCGGGUUCCUGGCCGGCCCUCUGCCGCUACCCCGACUGCGACACCACGACAACAUUCGACACAGAACGUCAGUUGAAAAGGCAUCUGGCGACCGCCCACGACGUCCGCAGCCCCGACGGCCAUCAGUACCUUCCCCCCUUAAUGGAGAAGGUCUUCGUCCCACGACAGUGUUGGAUGGAGGACUGUCAGUUCGACCUGAAGGCUUGGAAGAGCGCCAUCGCACACCUCCAAAACAAACAUAGGCUCAGCUAUCUGGACGCAACACAGGCCGCAAACGCCAACUUGGCGCCCUCUCUCCAGCCCAAAGCGCGUCGAGCGAUCAGCGCCGCCGCCGCCGCGCAAGUGCAAGCGAAGAGGGAGGUUACGCGCAGACUUCGCGGAAACUAG